AUGCAGCUGCUGUUCCCAACUCCUCCACGAGCCAACAACAUUCCACUACCGCUCAGACGUCAAGUCAGCAGUUCCUUACUGCAAGCGCGUCAAACAGAAACAAUACGGCCGCCGCUGGUUCAGCAGCUGAGCAACCAACAACAAUCCAUGCUGGCGAAGCGUCAGUCGUCGGUCCAUCACCUCAAGGAACUGGUUCGAGAGAGGACGCAACGACCGGGGAAUCCAGUCGACUUCGGAGCUACUCUGACGGGCGAAAAUGGCACGAAGGAAAUAAAGCCGAAGAAAGACAAUCGCGGCAAUAAUCAGGCUGAGACGGGUGGAGAGCCGACUUGGAGCUUCGCGAACCUCAAGCUGUAG